UCUCUCUUUGUUUUUUGUUUUUUAUUUUUAUUCUUUUUUUCUUUACUAUGGAUAUGAAUUUCUUACGAUUUAGAUGGUUUAAAUACUAAGAAUCUAUGUCAGUAUUAUAUAAAAUAUACAAAUUUUAUUUUAAAAAAUUUAUCAGUAUUAUAUAAAAAAUAAGCCAGUGAGCCCUAGUUUCGCUUGUGAGUUGUGAGUACUUAACAUUCGAAGCUGCGGCACCCUCCCAGCCUCCGUUGCCGGCCAGCACAGCUUAGAAGGAGAAGACGGCGAGUUGCGACCUUCGAACCCUACUCUCGCGAGUUAUUACCUUCGAAUCUCCUCCCAGCCUUCGAACCUUCCUCCUAGCCUCCAUCGCCUGACAUUGCAGCCUUCGAAUCCUCGCUGUCGCUGGACACUGCAACCGUGCGGCCUCCAUCGCCGGGCAUCGCUUCCUGGACGGCUCGAAGCCUCGAAUCCUCUUUAAGAAUUAGUCAUGCUGAAGAUAAAAACUCCCACAAAAGGAAAAGCCAAAAGGGCGCUAGAGAAACGAGCCCCCAAACUUGUUGAAAAUGGGAGGAAAACGCUGAUACUUCAGGGCACAAAAACCAGUAAUGUGUUGAAUGCUGUAUUGACUGAAAUCUAUCAUCUUAAGAAGGAUAGAGCUGUAAGAUAUACACGCAAGAAUGAAGGCAUCAGACCAUUUGAAAGUGGUGGUGAAACUUCUCUAGAGUUUUUUUCUCUCAAAACUGAUUGCAGCCUCUUUGUGUUUGGAUCUCACUCGAAGAAGCGGCCGGACAAUCUUGUCUUGGGUAGAACUUAUGAUAACCACAUUUAUGAUCUCGUAGAAGUUGGGGUUGAAAAUUUCAAAAGCAGGGAGCGAUUCACAUAUGAUAAGAAGCUAGCUCCACAAGUGGGGUCAAAACCUUUCAUUAUUUUCAUUGGAGAAGGUUUUGAGACCAUAGAUGAGUUGAAACAUCUGAAGGAAGUUCUACUUGAACUCCUCCGUGGAGAGGUUGUGGAGAAUUUGAAUCUUGCUGGGUUAGACCGUGCUUAUGUAUGCACAGCUGUGUCUUCAAAUAGAGUGUUCUUCACUCACUGUGCACUGCAGUUGAAAAAGUCUGGCACAGUUGUUCCAAGGACCGAGCUUGUAGAAGUUGGUCCCUCUAUGGAUUUGGUAGUUCGUCGGCAUCGUCUCCCUAAUGACAUGCUGAGGAAAGAGGCAAUGAAAACAGCUCCUGAACAGACUAAGAAGAAGGUGAAAAAUGUUAGCCAAGAUGCAGUACAAGGGAAAAUUGGGAAGAUCUAUAUUCCAGAUCAACAGGUUGGAAGUAUGGCAUUGCCUUACAAAGCAAAGGGAUUGAAGAGGGAACGGCGUGAAGGAAAGCUGAAAAAUGAUAAAAAUGAGGCAGAUGAACAGGUAUCCAAAAAACAGAAAGAAGAGUCCAGUCAAUGAUAUUGAAAUGUUGGACUGCUGUGACAUUGCCCUUUCUGAUCCGCCCAUUUUCUUUGAGGCUCAACACAACUUGUUAUUAAUGGGCUUUAAAGUUGCAAUAGAUCUCUAGGACAGCAAUUUUAUUGUGCUUUAUCUUUUUCUUUUUAACACUUGCCCUCUCUUCUGAGACCCCAGAGGCUAUUGUAAUUAUAUGAGAAAUUUUGUCUGAAUACUCUCUCUGCCCAUUUCCUUGCCUUGGUAUUUAUGAAUCACAUAAAUUUUUAUCA